CUCAAGGCUUAUUUAUUCUUAUCAGUAUUUUUGUGCGACGCGAUUGGAUAAUAAAAUUAUGUUAGCCAACAAUGAACUGCUGACUGUAAUGAGAAACGAUCGAUGCGUAUCUGUGUAGGACCACGAUCCCAUACGGUAGAGUCGAAAAAAAUUUCGAACACGUAUUUAUCAUAUUGACUUGAUCAAUACGCACUUUUGUAUUAAUUGUACAUCAUGAGUUACAACGUGAAUCGCGUCGUUUCCAAACUCUUUGGUCUUUUGCAAAAUAAUGGGUUCAAGUACAGUAAUACGAGGACUUUGUCGCAAUUUUAUCCGAUCGAUGAGAACAUCUUUGGUUUGAAUGGUCAACAAAAAGAGCUCCGUUCUACGGUAUUCAAUUUCGCGCAGAAGGAGCUAGCCCCGAAAGCCGCUGAAAUUGAUAAAAAUAACGAGUUCGUCGACCUACGGAAAUUUUGGAGGCAGUUAGGAGACCUGGGGCUGCUAGGAAUCACGGCGAAGGCCGAUUACGGAGGUACGGGAGGUUCGUACUUGGAUCAUGUUAUCGUUAUGGAAGAACUCAGUCGUGCUUCAGCAGCGAUAGGCUUGAGUUAUGGCGCCCACUCGAACCUAUGUUUGAAUCAAAUACACAGAAACGGAACGGAGAAGCAGAAACUCAAGUAUCUACCGAAGUUGUGCAACGGAGAUCACGUCGGCGCGUUGGCGAUGUCCGAGCCGGGUUCAGGAUCCGAUGUCGUAUCGAUGAAACUUCGAGCUGAAAAACAGGGAGAUUAUUAUUUGCUGAACGGCAAUAAAUUUUGGAUCACUAACGCACCGGAUGCGAAUGUUCUCGUCGUUUAUGCACGGACCGACCAAAACGCUGCGAAACCGCAGCACGGCAUCACCGCUUUUAUCGUUGAAAAAGACAUGGAAGGCUUCAGCACAGCUCAAAAACUAGAUAAACUUGGCAUGCGGGGCUCCAAUACCGGAGAAUUGGUUUUCGAUAAUUGCAAAGUUCCCAUUAACAACGUGCUCGGUGAAGUAAAUAGAGGAAUUUACGUUUUAUUCAGCGGGUUGGAUUUGGAACGACUCGUAUUGGCCGGUGGUGCUCUCGGGAUACUCCAGGCAUGCUGCGAUGUUGCUUUUGAAUACGCUCAUACGAGAAAACAAUUUGGAAAGCAAAUAGCGGAGUUUCAACUAAUUCAGGGAAAAAUGGCUGACAUGUACACGAGUUUGAACACAGCUCGAAGUUACGCGUAUUCUGUGGCACGUGCAUGCGACAACGGAUCCGUAAAUCGCAAGGAUUGCGCUGCUGUUAUUCUUUACUGCGCUGAAAGUGCGACUAAAGUUGCAUUGGAUGCGAUACAAAUUUUAGGAGGAAAUGGCUACAUCAGCGAUUAUCCAACUGGACGCCUUCUGAGAGACGCGAAACUCUACGAAAUUGGAGCCGGCACUAGUGAAAUACGCAGGAUGGUCAUAGGCAGAGCGAUAACCGAAGAAUACUCAUGAAUUUAUUAUCGACUUCCCAUCAUCGACGCAUAAAUUCUCUGACACCUGUCAGAAAGCUCAUUUAUUUACUAUGUGAAUAAAUGUUCAUAUAUUUUUAUAUUUUUCAUAAUCGUUUGGAACAUCAUUCGAAUGCCACGCAUUCUACUAUUUAUUGGAAAAAAAUUAUUUUUAUUAAAUA